UUCCCCGCCUGGCCGUUUGGCGGCGCUGCGGUCCGUCUGUUGAGAUUGUUGCCGGAAGUAAAUCCUUGCUUUUAAAGAGGGAAAAAAAAAUCUUCUCUGUCAACAUGUGGGGUUUGUUUUAACUUUCACGAGGCGCUGAAUUAAAUUAAAUUAGUCUUUAAAUUCAAUUAAAGAUGGGGAAAAAAGGAAAGAAAGAGAAGAAGGUGAAGGGAGCGGAGAAAACUGCGGCCAAAAUGGAGAAAAAGGUCUCAAAGAGGUCCAAACGAGAAGAGGAGGACAUGGAGGCUCUGAUAGCAGAGUUUCAGACUCUGGAUGCGAAGAAGACGCAGGUGGUUGAGACGAGCUGCCCCCCUCCGUCCCCCAGGCUGAACGCGUCUCUUUCUGCUCAUCCUGAGAAAGAUGAACUCAUCAUGUUUGGAGGAGAAUAUUUUAAUGGAAAAAAGAUGUAUCUCUACAACGAUUUGUUUUUCUACAACAUUAAGAAGAACAGUUGGGUUAAAUCGGAGGUUCCCAACCCUCCUCCGCCUCGCUGCUCUCACCAGGCGGUGGUGGUCCCUCAGGGGGGAGGCCAGCUCUGGGUGUUUGGGGGGGAGUUUGCGUCUCCCAACGGGGAGCAGUUCUACCACUACAAGGACCUUUGGGUGCUGCACCUGGCUACGCACACCUGGGAGAACAUCAAAGCACCCGGGGGUCCGUCGGGUCGCAGCGGGCACCGGAUGGUCCUCAGCAAGAAGCAGCUGCUGGUGUUCGGUGGUUUCCAUGAGAGCACGAGGGAUUUUAUCUACUACAACGACAUCUACUCCUUCUCUCUGGACACCUUCUCCUGGUCUCGCCUCGCUCCAUCAGGCUCCGCCCCCUGUCCGCGCUCGGCCUGUCAGAUGACCGCCACUCCUGACGGUGCAGGUGUCAUCAUCUACGGAGGAUAUUCUAAAGUGAGGGUAAAGAAGGACGUCGAGAAGGGCACCAUCCACUCCGACAUGUUCCUCCUGAAGAGAGAUGGAAAAGAUGGCCAAGAGAAGUGGUCCUGGUCCAGACUGAACCCAGCUGGGAACAAGCCCCCUCCCCGCUCUGGGUUCUCUCUGGCAGUGGGUCCGGCGGGCCGGGCGGUUCUGUUCGGUGGGGUUUGUGAUGAGGAAGAGGAGGAGACGCUGGAGGGGGACUUCUACAACGACCUGUUCCUGUUCGACACGGUGAAGAACCGCUGGUUCCCGGGUCUGCUCAGGGGAACCAAAACAGAGAAGAAGAAACGACGGAGGGGGAGGAAGACUGGAGCCGAUGGCGAGGAAGAGGAGAGAAAUAAAGAGGAAGAGGCGGGACCUCAGGGACCGACAGAGGUCAUCAAGGAGGUCAUCACCGAGGACGGCACGGUGAUGACCAUCAAGGAAGUGAUCCCAGGUCCUCAGGAGGAGGAGGAGGAGGAGGAGGAAGAUGAGGAAGAGGAGGAUGAUGGUUCUGCCUCGGCCCCGGCGGUGGAGCCCUGCCCCCGGUCCAGCGCCAUGGCUACGGUCCGCCAGGGAAAGCUCUUCCUGUUCGGUGGGAUGUUCGAGGUCGGAGACCGCCAGUUCACCUUGAGCGACUUCUACUGCCUGGACCUGCACAAGAUGGACCAGUGGGAGGUUCUGGUGGAAUUGGACCCGAAGACGCAGGAGUGGCUGGAGGAGUCUGAGUCAGAGGAGGAGGAGGAGUCUGAGGAGGACAGCGAAGACGAGGAGGGUGAUGAAGAGGAGGAGCACCCUGCCGUGCAGGAAGGAGAGACGCUGACGGACUACCAGACCCGGACGGAGCUGUACUGGAUCGAACUCGCUCGUUCCAACAUGGGUCCGGAUGCCAAGGAGAGGAAAGUAGCCAAGGUGGCUCUGGCCAUGGCUCAGGUCUUCUACGAAGACCGGUAGUGGGACUCUGGAGACCACCUGAGUCCACCUGAGACGGUGAGUGGAAAAAACUCACUUUUAUAUUUAGAAUUUUUGUGCAUCUCAGGUUUGCUCUUUGACCUGUGGUUAAGCUUUCAACCACUUUCUCACCUGAGAAAUCAGGCUGAGCAAUA